AUGUCUCAGUAUUCGGGAAAAAUCACUUUCUAUGAGGGCAAAUACUUCACAGGCAGGAAGCUGGAGGUCUAUGGGAACUGUGAUAACUUCCAGGACAGAGGUUUCAUGAACCGAGUGAACUCUAUCUGUGUACAGAGUGGAGCUUGGAUCUGUUUUGAUCACCCAGACUUCCGAGGACAGCAAUACGUUCUGGAGCAUGGGGAAUACCCCGACUUCUACCGUUGGAAUGGCUAUAAUGAUCACAUGGGCUCCUGCAGGCCUGUCGGAAUGCAUGGUGAGCAUUACAGAAUGGAGAUAUUUGAUGGGAGCCAUUUUAGUGGUCACUGCAUGGAGUUCACUGAAGAUUGCUCUUUCCUGCAAGGGCAGGGCUGGAACAAGAACUGUGUCAAUGCCAUCAAAGUGUACGGAGAUGGAGCAUGGGUGCUGUAUGAGGAACCCAACUAUCGUGGCCGUAUGUACGUUGUGGAGAGGGGAGAGUACAACAGCUUUAACGUGUGGCAAGCUCACAGUGCAAAUAUCCAGUCCCUCAGAAGAAUCGUCAACUACUUUUAA